GGAGCCAGUGGAGGGAUUGGCAGAGGGGGGUGGAGGACACUGAAUGGAGGCCAGUGGAGGGAAUGGCAGAGGGGGGGGGAGGACACUGAGUGGAGGCCAGUGGAGGGAUUGGCAGAGGGGUGGAGGACACUGAGUGGAGGCCAGUGGAGGGAUUGGCAGAGAGGGGUGGAGGACACUGAAUGGGAGGCCAGUGGAGGGAUGGCAGAGGGGGUGGAGGACACUGAAUGGAGGCCAGUGGAGGGAAUGACAGAGGGGGGUGGAGGACACUGAAUGGAGGCCAGUGGAGGGAAUGACAGAGGUGGAUGGAGGACACUGAGUGGAGGCCAGUGGAGGGAUUGGCAGAGGGGGGUGGAGGCCAGUGGAGGGAUGGCAGAGGGGAGUGGAGGACACUGAGUGGAGGCCAGUGGAGGGAUUGGCAGAGGGGGGUGGAGGACACUGAGUGGAGGCCAGUGGAGGGAAUGACGGAGGGGGGUGGCAGAAGUGGAGCGGUUGGUGAGGUGGAUGAGUCUGGCCGCUGAGUUCA